AUGGGAAACACAGGAACGUGCUGUUCAUCUGGUGGAGAUUCACGCUGCUGUGGUACCGGCGCGUCAAACGAUCCCGGCCACGGACCUAUUGAUCCUCUGCGAGAUGAGGUGAAAGGCAUUGAUCCCGUGCCAGCUCCUGGUAUGAAAGAUGAGGACAUAAAACCAGAGUCUCUAGAAGCAGGCUCUUUUGCAGCCAACGCUGCAGAGGAGUCGAAAAAGGACGACAUCGCAGCGGACGAGGAGCGGCAAUUCGUGACGUACCAGGAUGGCUCUACUUAUACUGGGAUGAUCAAGAAUGGCAAGCGCCACGGUCAUGGUGUCUGGCAGUCGAAGAGCUGCCAGUACGAGGGCCAGUGGAAGGAAGAUCAACAGGAUGGCCACGGCCGUCAGACCUGGAGUGACGGACGCGUCUACGAAGGACAGUUCAGCAAGGGUCGCUUCUCCGGAACUGGAAAGAUGGUUUGGCACACUCAAAAAGGCAUGUUAGUCUACGAGGGCCAGUACAAGGAAGAUCUCAAGGAUGGGCAUGGCAUGUUCAUCUGGCCAGAUGGUCGAACGUACGAUGGAGAAUGGAGAGAGGGCAAAAGACAUGGCCGCGGUACCUACAUCACCGCAAAGGCGGAGAGAAAGGUCGGAUAUUGGGUGGACGAUAAGUUCGAUCGUUGGGAGAAGGACGUGCAGGGACUAUUUGCUUGCAUGCUUCAAAAACGUGCUUUGGAGGACGAAGUCAAGCUCCGUCUUCGCACGUUCGCGACCAAGGCCGACGCUAGCUCGUCGUUUAAACUGUUGCCAUGA